AUUACAACAAAUUUAUUUAAUAUUUUUGAUCCAUCCACAACAAUUUUUAACCUAGAAAUAAAUUGAAUUAGAACUUUUAUCAUUAUUAUAUUUAUACCAAACUUAUUAUGAAUUUUACCAAAUCGAAUUAAUUGAAUAAUAUUCAAAAUAUUUAAUAUAUUAAAUAAUGAAAUAUUAAUACUUUAUAAAAUAAAAAAUAAUAAAUCUCCUGCAUUUUUAUUUAUUUCACUUUUCAUAUUUAUUUUAUUAAAUAAUUUUUUUAGAUUAUUUCCCUAUAUUUUUUCAUCUUCAAGACAUAUAGUAUUUUCAAUUACUUUAGCUUUACCAUUUUGAUUUUUUUUUAUUAUUUUCUCAGUAUGUAAAAAUACAAAAAAUAUAAUUGCACAUUUAAUUCCACUAAAUACACCUAUUUAUUUAGCCCCUUUAAUAACAAUUAUUGAAACAAUAAGAAUUAUUAUUCGACCAAUAUCUUUAUCAAUUCGAUUAACUGCAAACUUAAUUGCAGGGCAUCUUCUAAUAACACUAUUAAAUUACAACUCAUUAAUAAUUAUUAUUAUUUUAAUCCAAAUAUUUAUAAUAAUUUUCGAAUUAUGUGUAGCUUUAAUUCAAAGUUAUGUAUUUUCAAUUCUUUCAUCAUUAUACUCUAGUGAAUAA